AUUCAAAUAAUUUUAAUGAUUCAUUCAAAGAUUCAGAUAAUUUUUAUGAUUUAUUUGAAGAUCCAAAUGAUUUUUAUGAUUCAUUUGGAUGUUGUGUUUUAUUUGAAGAUUCAAAUAAUUUUUAUGAUUCGUUCGAAGAUUCAAAUAAUUGUUAUGAUUCGUUCGAAGAUUCAAAUAAUUCUUAUGAUCCAAUUAAAGAUUCAA